GGGGAGAUGAUGAGAAUGAUGAGGACGGGCUCCGCCGGCGAGCGCUCCCGCAGCCCGCAGCUCGCACGGCGCCGCCGCCGGGAGCCGGGAGAGCGGGGCCAGCAGCGAUAAAAGGCACCGAGCCCCCUCCACAGAGCCCCAGCCAGCCGACAGAGCUGGGCUGCCACCGCAGGCUGCAUUCUGCCGCUCCUCUGCCCCAUCUCCCACUCACCCAGUGAAGGGAUUUGGCAGCCACAGCGCUCUCAGGCACCCCAAAAGGCUCACCACCAUGGCUGCUGGCCUGGAGAAAGCCUGCCACCGGUGCAUAUCUAAAAUUGCCAGCAAUGCAUGCUUUAUAUUUGGGCUCCUUGCUUUCCUUGCCUUACCACUGUCCAUGACUUUUGUAGGAAUGAAGUUUUUGGAAGACUGCCCAGUUCAGCCACUGAUUCCCUUAUAUCUGUUGGUGGGUGGCGUGGUUGGCAGCUUAAAGGUGACUCUCCUGCUGUACGACUCUACCAGGAUGAGGCAGCUGCUUUCCAAGUCUGUUGUGAUUGAUGAUGAUGAUGACGACGAGUAUCCCUGGAGGCAGAAUGCUCACAAGUACUACAUCCAUCUAGCCCUCAGCCUUUUCCUCUUUCUCUGGUUCAUUCUUGGGAACUACUGGGUUUUUUCUGUCUAUCUGCCAAAUUUCAUCCCGCCUUUUCAUCAGCCUCAGGAUUACUGUGACAAAACCCUGUACAUUUUUGCUGUUGGUGUUCUCAUUAUUAGCCACACUGUUCUGUUUCUCCUUAUCUUUUGUAGCUGCUGCAUAUACUGUUUUUCCAGGCAAAGAUUCUCUUCUGAGGAAGACUAAAUGCUACAUAAAUAAAUCUCCAGAUGUUUGGGAAAGCGAGUACAACAAAGAAUAGGCAAUAAUUCACCCUUGUGUACAUCUUUGCUGUACAAUAUAUAUGUGUGAUAGCAGUCAACUUCAAGAGGAAAUUAAAAAAUACAGUGCCAUCUGGAAAUAGCUAUGCUGGAAUACAGCAUAGUCUAUGCAAAAAUGCUGCUGCAGGUGCCAGGGUGUACUCCUGCUAACUGUUACAUCCCUUUUUCAACUCUGGAUGUUUUAUCAGGAGUGUGCUCUUGCAGAUGGCAAACUCCUCUAAAACCAGGUCCCCCUUAUGUUGUAUAUAGCACAGCACAUCUUGGCCUAUAAAAGUAGCCAUCUUCACUGGGAUCUGAACAUCUCCCCAUAGUCUUGCUGAGGUUUGUUAUUGUCCCUGCAUUAUAGAUGAGGGAGCUGAGACAAGGGCUGUAUUCAGGCCAGUUUGCACAGCACAUGGACUCUGACAUGCUCACCAGAGAGCUAUUCAGACUGUCAGACUGGCCACUAAGUAGCUGUGAUAGCAAUCCCAGCAUGUAUAAAGGCAGCCUGAAUAUGGCCCUCAGGUCUCUUCUGAGCUUGGACUAGGAAGCAUCUAUAUCUAACUUUGCAGCUAAACCAGACAGUAUGAAUACAUCCAUACAUAUCCAAUACACUCAAACUGAGCCAAGGCUGCUUUGCAAGUCUUUGGCAGAACGAGGAACUGAGCUACUGAGUGUCAGAUUGGUGCUUCAACCAGUGCUCAGCAUUCCCCAGUCAGGGGAUACACUUUUUCUGCAGCAGUAAUUUGUCAGUACAACACUAACACAAAGAGGAAUGUGAAACCAUUGUGAUCAAGUUCAUAGAAAAACUGAUUAUGUUACCUUGGUAUUUUAAAUAUAAACCCCAACAAUAAGACAUGGGCAGGAUGUGAGAAUUUCAGGCAGAUGUGUUCAUUACAGCAGCUCUCUGGUUGUGGUGUUAGUGUACAUUUGAUUUGUUCAGCUUGGUGCUGUACAUAUAGAAAUCUGUACUUAAUGGACAGAUGUAAUGCAAACAGCUUUUCAGUCAGCAGCAGCAGCUUUAAAAGCACCAGCAUGCACAGAGACAAUUUUUUUGUGACAUGUAAUGGAACAAACCCAGAAGUGGUCCUGGUAGAUUGUUUUCUUCAUAUGUUGAUGAAUGCAGUGUAAAAGUGCUCUUUCUGCUUUUGCUCUUAUGCACUUAUGUUAAUGUGGUCAAGGCUCCCCUCUAGAUGAGCUUGAGGGUGGCCCAAGGCACAGGAAAAAGAUGUGUGUUUUGUGUAUUUUGUCUGUUAAAACCCACACAGCUGGUAUUCAUGUUUCAGAGAAACCCCAAAGGGUUAUAAAAUGCUUGUGAAAGGGUGAGAUAUGUAAAAGAGCUCAACAAUAUGCCACAGCUGAACAGGGUCUGUUCAACCAUCCUUCCUGGGACUGAGGCUGAAAGCAGUGAAACAUCUGUGGAAACCACCUGUCUUCAAACAUGAACAUUUAUCUCACCAGCUAUUGUAGAGAUAAUAAGCCUGCAUUUGGUUUACAAGGAUUUUAUUUCAGGCCACAGAUGUAAGAAUUGUUUAUUUCCAGAGAACUUACCUUAGAAAGAAGGUAGGAUAAAGAUGAAAUAAUCUGACAUGAGGGCAGUGUCAGCGUAGCAUUCCCCUGCUCUGCAGCAUCUGUUCAGAGGAGGUCACAGCCAGGCUGCCUCAUUCAGAAAUCCAUGGAAUAGAUCCAUGGAACACUGCUGGCUGACUUAGGCCAUGCACAGUUGUAUGUAGGGAAAUGUGACCAAUAGAAACCUUUCCUUUUAUUUGUGGGCCUAAGAUUAGAUCUGGGAAAAAUCACUGCCUCUGUUUCCCAAAGAGCUGUUCCACCACAUGCUCUCCUCUGCCCCUCACUUUUCUAAAACAUAAGUGCUGCCAAUGGUGAAGCACUGGAAUUCCUCUUUCCCACCACAAACCCUACAAUGGGUCACCACUAGGGCUUCUGGAUUUCAAGGUUCAGUUCCGAACUGAUCUAUGGGAUUUUACUUUCAGUGGAGAGCAUUUUUCAUUUGUUAAGAACCCAAAAUGUUCAAGAAAUUGCCUAUAUGAAGGCAUAACUCCAUCCUUCACUCAAAUGAAACAAAGCAGCUGUUUACCAUUACACAGGAACUUUACCCAGAAGCUUGGAACAGGCAUAAAACCAGAAAAUUAUACUCAGUUGAUAAUGCAGAAGAAAUUUAACAAGAAAGUAGCUCCAUCCACAGGGAUCCAGUACAAACUUUCCUGAUCUUGCAAAAUACUGCUGGAAUCAUUCUUAAUCACCAGGAAUUAAGGGCUAAUACUCCUGAUUAAAGUCUGAAUUGAUUCCAGUGACCUCACAGCAAGUGAUGAUGCCCUCCUAAUAGGGCAAAUAAGAGGAGAUUUUAGUUCAGCCCAGAGGAGAUGUAAGGUAAGUGACAUUGCCUUGUGUUUGCUCUGCGCUUUCGUGAGAGUGCUUACAGCAGCUCAGCAGAUGUGCAAAACUUCAGCCACACAACAGUAAACCUGAGGUCUAUAACUCAUUCCUGGGAGGCUAAGACUGACUGUCUACAGACUGACAUGGAGGACUAAUUCUUUAGAUAUGAGAACCCAGUGCAUCCUUUGGCAUCUUGUGAAAGCACUGCCAAGCUGUACUAGUGUUCAGUACCUGGUUGGUACAAACACAAAAUUAUAGAAGUGGUAUUAAAGAGGCAAAAGACACUUCUGAAAUAUUUUGAAGUUAAAAUAAACAAAACGCUUUGCUAUACACAAGAGAGAAAAAUCCUGCAUUGAUACCUUGCAUACAUCAAUAUGAUACGGCACAUACAAGUGCACAUCAAUACCUCCAAAACUAUUGGAGCCAUCAAUUCUGUGCCCAAAGGGAUCUAAGCAUGCCUUCUGCACUUUCAGCCGACUGGAAUCUUGCAGGACUGUAGCAGGCACACUUGGUUUGGGCAUGUGAUUAGAUACACCUGAGUCACAGUGACUCUUCUGACUACCAGCAGCUGCACAGUUUCUCUCAAGUUGCCCCAGUGCCUAAAUGAAGCACUCAAACCUAAAUGAAAGUAGUUUAAUAAAGACACUUUAUCUCACUUAGGGGCAAGCUAUGAACAUGUGCAUGGGCCACAGCACCUGAACUUGCAAGCACCAGCAUUUUGAACUUCCGUAAACUGAUGGUGUCCCAGACAAAUGCUCAGUCCCUGCAGAAGUAGGUAUGGCUCUUCAGCUGUGGAGGAAUGAAGUCAUUACAGCCCAAAUGUCAAGUGGCUGAAAAUACAGUCUACACCUUAAAAUGUUUAAUUUGAAUUUUGCCACAAGGCUUAAAUUACAAAUUGAGAAUGUUCUUUUUCUUCCCAUAGUAAUAUACAUGUCUACUGAAAAACUGAACAAAAUACACCCUUAAGCUAAUCAUUAUGCACUCAAUGUUGACUACGAUGCAGGAAACCACCUCUGUUUCAGUUAAAUCAUCUCCCCUUCUUAAGAAGGAAAGGUCUAUUUCCAGUAUUUAAAGGAAAAAAUAUACAUGAUUUCAAUGGAUUAGAUAGCCUGCUCACUGCUAAUUGUGAGUACUACAGAAAUCAAAUAACAUGAAGACCCAAAGACAAUUCUUUAUGCACACACUGGCUGUAUAUACAUACAUACAAGUGCACUGUCAGAAGCCAUGAAAUAAGCUACACUUAUUACAGUUUAUUGCCCACAGUAUAUUUGUCCUCCCACUACACCACUUUCUUUAGCAAUAGGCAUAAGAUCCCAAAGCUCUAGAGAAUAGCUUUCCACAGCUAUUUUAGAAGCAGCAGACAGACAAGCAAUCCCUCACUCCAAAUGUUGAACACAGACAGCUCCUACCUGCUGGCCCAAAGAAGAGAGAACAGAAGAGCAUCAGACGUAUCACAGACCUCAUCUUCUCAGGACUGGAAGCAGGAACGCUGUGCUGUCAGAGAAGAUGAUCUCUCUCACACAGCGCUUGCUCUGAGCUUUAUGAGGUCCCAAGACAUCAGACUUUAAAACUACAAGGUAACUGUGCAGAAAAAAAAUAGCCUAGAAUAGCUUCUGCUUCUUUACGCCAAGAGCUGUUUCAAAUGUCCCAGAUCCUGAAAUAGGAACAGUUGGUGUAAAAAAUCCUAAAUGCUUUGACUUUACAGGCAAAGGGCUACAAAGAUUAAACUGAUGAUAACUCAUAUAUAUUGUACAACAUUUUAAACUAGACCAGUUUCUGCAAGUUAUAUUGAAUAUUUUCUCAGAUAAUUCAUGUUCUCCAGAUUCUAGUUGAUAGGGACUUUGCAGCACAAGGAGGACCCUUGUAUGUUCUACAUAUAAUACAGAAAGGAUUGUUACAUCAGGACUGCAAUUUGAAACUGUUGCUUGUUGGCAUAGGUUUCUUCAGGUUCCUGUUCACUGCUGGAGAAGAUGAAAGUCCCACAGGUAUUAGCCACAGGAUGAAACAGAAAACGUUUUUAGAAAGUAUAGUACUUGAGGGAAAAUAAAAAAGGCUGCCAAGUAUACCAUCUGAUAUUGCACAGUACAAGGAAACUGCUGAAAAGAACAAUGUCAUAUUGCAAGGUUUCUGAACAAAUUGU